UGUCACGUGACUUCUGGGAAACUUGAAAAUUUAUCGCAAGUUCAAUCUCUGUUUUAGCCAAGAUCAUUGCGCUUUCUGAGACUAAAGGUGCUCUAUAUACUUUAGUGCUUGCUUGCCUAUAUGGCAGGAUGGUAUCUCUAUGACAGGAUGUGAUGAUCAGUGACAUCAAGUUAUCACAAUGGCACAAUCUCCACUGACAGCUGGUGUAUUGAAGGACCUGUUCAAUGGUUUGAAACCUAGGCGUCCAAGACUUCAAGUCUUGCAGCAUGAUAUUGACCAUAAUAGAGGCCUCAUGGAACUGCACAGGAUUAUACUCUCAGAUGGGGUCUUUUCAGACUCAUCAAUACUCAUUGGUCAUGAUUUAGUAAUGGAUUUGUACCACAACCCACUGCCACCUGGCUUGGUCAUUGAACUGCUGCAAUAUGAACUCUUCCAAUGGCCACCUACUGGACCCCCAACGGGGCAGUUCAAGCUGAUGGUUGGGGAUAUCAGGAUACUCUUUCAACCUGGAACAAUUGUUGGUGCACCAGGAUUUGACAGACAAGGAAGACCAGCUGCAUAUACCUCAGCACCAAAACCAAUGCCAGUCCCGAACAAGGCAGGUCCGAUGAAAAAUGAUCCCAGAAAUUUCUUUAAAGCCAAUAAACCUCAAAAUGAUCCAUCCCCAAUGAAUCGAUCUGGGCCACCCACAGGAAAGAAAAUGACAGGUCCCAAACAAACCCAACAUGAUCAACCAGAUGGUCUGCUAGAGAGGGUUCAGAGUGCACAUAGAGAGGGCAAGAGGGAGCAGAUUAAUAAUUCCCAGAAUCAGGGCGCUGUGGGUCAAAAGUCCCAAAAUCAGAACCAAGACCAAAAGUCCCAAAAUCAGGCUCCUGCAAGUCAAAAGUCCCAAAAUCAGGCUCCUGUAGGACAAACAGCUCAAAUGCAGGCCUCUGGUGGAAAAAAGCCCAAUAAGGGAAGAAGGCCUUCCAUUGAAGCUGAAGAGUUUGUACCACGCUGGAAAACUUUGAAGCUUGAAGGGAAAACAGCUGUUGAGAAAAAGGACUAUGCAACUGCAUUACAGCUAUAUUCACAGGCAAUUGAGGGAAUACCUAUGAGUGAGAGGAAAGAACGUGCAAUACUUAAAAGUAAUCGGAGUCUCGUGUACAGUAAGCUUGAUUUCCCACAUGAAGCCCUUGAAGAUGCUCUUGAAAGUAUUCGUUUAGAUAAAGACUAUAGUAAGGGAUACUGGCGAGCAGCUUCAAUAUUCCGUCAGCUAAACCAGAAGUUUGAUGCUUUAGAAUGCUUCUACGAUGGUUCCUGUGUGGUGAGUCAUGAUGAUCGAACCACCAAAUGUGAGUUUCUCACAGAGAUUGUGGUGCUCUGCUAUGAGCUGAAAGACUGGAAGAGAGUGAAGAGUGGAGACAUUAAAGCAUCCGAUCAGACUUGGUCCCUUGUCAUACUGGCACUUUCACGUAACAACAAAUGGCGCGUUAUGGCAACAUUGCUCUAUGGGAAGGAUGGGAAAUCUGGAGGAUAUGCAAGAAACUUAAGUGGUCGGAUAGCAAAGAUUGAUGCUAGAAAUGUGGAACUGACUAAACUUCUGACGGUUCCUCAAGAGGAUCAGAUUGUUCAGACAUUAGCAGUGAGACUUCUAGAAUGUGGGGCUAGUAUAAAAUCCAUUACUCUGACAUCUGAAGAUACACCUUUACAUGCAGCCCUUGAGUUAGCUUUCAAAACAGGUAAACCAAUUCUGCUGAAACAUCUCCUUGAGAAGUAUUACAAAACCAAUGAGGAGAAAAACACGCUUGAUAAGAAUGGAGACUCACUCCUUCAUGUUGCUGCAAAGCAAUUCCGGAAAACACCAGCUGUUAAACUUACAGGAAUUCUCUUAGAUAAUGGCUUAGACCCAUGCCUGAGUGAUAAAUGUGGUAGACUGCCACUGGACCAUGUUCCCAAGGGAAAUGAAAGCUUUCAACUUCUGAAUAAAGCCAUGCAAACACAGCAAAGUAAAAAGAAGCCAAAGACUCCAGCUACAGAAAGUUCUACCCGUAAGCAGGAGACGAAUAACAACACAAAGCCUAAAACAAAUACAUGUCCAUAUCCAGCCAGACUACCCUCUGGAGACACCCUCAGAGCAGCUAAUGAGGCCGCAGCUAAGUCUCAACAGUCAGCUAAACGUAAUGAAACUUCUUCUGGUGGAGCUAGCAAGGAGAGUGAAGACCCAAAUCAAAUCAAAGUGAAAAGACCAGAUUUCUCUACACCAUUCUUGGACCAGAUCAGAGAUGAAAUUGGGGCUUUUAAACAUGUCAUCGCAGAUUUCUUAGAGAAAGAACGACAUCUGACAAUGAGGCUGAAUCUAGCUGGGGAGCAAAUUGUGUUAAGCGAUCACGGACCCAUAGAAACAAAACAAGCCAUCAAGGCCACUCAGAAUCGUAGAAUUGACAUGGAACGCAAUGUGAAACUUCUCAAUAAGUUGCUGUCUCUCCAUAGAACUUUGGACCAGAGAAUAUUCAAGGUGACAUGUGGUAGUGGCAAAGACUCAAUGGUGAACAAUCCUCUUGGGGAAGAUAUGAAAGAAUUAUCUGAAGACUGGGAAAGGAAGUUCCAUGAGGCUAUGAGUCCCAGAGAUUCUGCCCUUUUGAAUGAGCUACUCCAGAUGAACACAAAGCACGAGAUGAUGCAAUCUCUCAUAUCAUGCAUUGAACAUUAUGUAUUUGCAUACCAGUAUGCUUUAAUCGAACACCAAAAACAAACAAAGGAUGGGCCGGUGAAAUUGAAAAAAGAAACAGCUUCAGAUUUCUUCCAACAUGGCCAAAAUUGUAUGAUGAUUCAGAAUUAUGCACUUGGUUUACAAAAAUUUGUGCUGUGCUUACAAGAGGUCCGUAUGAAAGACUCAUCAGAUGUGAAGCUGAUAGAGCCUUGUUUGACAUUCAUACUCGACAAAAUCAUUCCGGAACUUCCCAGCAUUCCAGAAGACACCAAACUGAACUUGUCCAGGCUGAAAUGUGAGGAAUGGAUGGCAGAGAAGUUGAAGAAAUUGUCUGAGGCUAACAAAUGGAAAGUCAUUGUGAACCUUGUCCUUGGUGGAGGAAAUGGUCACAAGAAGUCUGAAGGUGGACUGCUGACUGAUAGUGAUCUAUCAACCGUCUCUCUUAGUGCCUUCAUGGCAAGUGUGGACUACAAACAAAUGCCAUUUGAUAUGAGAAACAAGUUUAUACAGAUCCUGAUAAAGAAUGGCGCAAAUCCUAAUGGUACUGAGAAGUUCCGUCCAAUCAGAAAAGCCCUCGAGAGUGAAGAUUACAAGAUGGCUGCCAUGCUUCUUGAUCUCGGUGCAGAUCCCUCGUUCAUCACUCUUCAUGAAAUGGAUAGUCCACUACAUUAUGCCCUGAAAGUUGGUCUUAACAAAAUGGAAGGCAACUUUGAUCUCCUGAAACUGCUGCUCAAACUGCAUAGCCACGAUUCUGAGAAGUACAAGUUCUUACAUCGCAAUACUCAAGACAAUCAUGGAAAUACUCUCUUCCAUAUGGUAGUGAAACCUACAAAGUGUACCCAUGAACUUGUAGAAGCUGUCAAACUGCUUGUUCAAUAUAAGGUGAACCCAAAGAUAUUGAAUAGUGAGGGCAAAGAUGCGAUAUCCUACUUGAAGAAAAAUGAUCGAAGAAUGCCAUACACUUUAAAUGCAGCCACUCACUACUCCAAAUAUGUGCCAGUCAAGUUCAAAAAGAAGAAGAAAACGAAACUUGAUCCCAAAACUGCUGUCUCAGAAUCUGAGGUGGAUGACAAUCAUUCCAAGAUGGCCACAUCAGAAUCCAAUAUGGCCGAAUCCAAUAUGGCUGGAGGUGACAACCAUCUUAGCCAACAAUCUACAUUUUCCAAAGAGAAACACAACCAAAACUCAGGACUGUAUAUAAAAAGCAGUAAAGAGGAGUGUAAGAGAAACAUCCAAGAUUUAAUCGAGUCUCUUCCUGCUAUCAUCCUCACUCAACAACCAUCUCCGUCCAAAAAAUUUGAAAAUCGUCCGCAUCUGGACUCUGAAUCAGAUUCAAGGUCAACUACACCUGAUAUUGAGGUUGUAGGACAAUUUGAUGAAGUUGAUGAUGAUGGCGAUGAUGAUGAAGACGAGGAAGAUGUUGAAGCCAAUGAGAAGAUAGAUGAUGCAAAUGAAGUGGAUCUCAAUAUGCUCAAGAUGUUGGAUGACUUUGUCUGGGAGGUGGAGUGUACUGCCAAUGUUUGGAAAACAUUAAGAGACAAGAGGGUGAAUCGUAAGCUCAAACUACGAAUCAUCAACAAAAUCAAGCAGCUUGCCAAAGGAAACUGGCGUCCAAGCCUAGCUAAAAAAUUGGAUGGUCAGCCUAGAAAUGAGCAUGUCCAGCUGUAUGAAGCAAAACUAUCCAAGGGCUCGAGGAUUAUCUGGGAGUUAGCGAUAGCAUUUUCCCCACGGUGCAGCGAGAACCCUGAAAAGCUGUUAGGGGUGGGGGAGGGUAAUGACCCAGCCAGCUCCACUGGGGGUAGGAUCUAUUCUGAGGUGAUUAGAGUUUGGGAUAUUGUGUUUGAUCACAAUAAGAUCUACCACAGUGUGGAGAAUAUCUGCAGGAGCCACAACAGGGGAGAAGACUGUAUCAUCAGGAAAAACUUGCAGGGAAUGAAGCGUAAGAAGUUCAAACAUGGAAACACCUCAGACCAACGUGUACCAAUGUACUACAGAGAAGUCACUCCAGACAAGUCCUCAACUGUAUCUAAAAUGCAGCAGUUCUGUCCCCCUGCGUCUUCCAAUGAGACGGAGUAUCAUAUCCUCAAGUUCUAUGCAUUUAAUAGUCCAAUGGUGAACAGUGUGCUACAGAACCCAGAUAUAAAAGUUGAUUUUCCAUUCAGAGUUACUGAACUUGAACAUGCCAUCAUCAACCUUGACCCCACACCACCACAAGCCUUGCUCUUGCUUGGGCGAAGUGGCACUGGGAAGACAACAGUAUGUCUGUACAGACUGUGGACAUUCUUUGUACGCUAUUGGGAGCAAGCAGCCAUGAAUGGGUAUGAUCCAUUGAUUCAUAGACACAUUGUGUUCAUACACCAAGAUUCUGCAGAGGAUGUUGAACUGGAAGAAUUAGAGGAAGACGCCGUAGAGAAUAAGCCAGCAGGUGCAACUGGGACCCUUGCCAAGGUUUGUCAUGACAAUCAUGUUGAUGAAGCUGAUGAGUUUACUGCUGAACAUUGUCUCAAAGCUGCUGCUGCUGCUGCUGCUGCUGGGGAGGAGGGAGAUGAUUAUGAGGAAGACAAUGAAGAAGAUCAGCCACUUUAUGAACAUUUACAUCAAGUGUUUAUUACUAAGAAUGGCGUAUUACUUCAAGAUGCCCACCCAGCCCAAUUCCCACUUUUCCUAACCUCAAAACAAUGGCUGUUACUUCUUGAUGCAUCCCUCCCUAAUCCAUAUUUCCCACGCAAUGCGGAUGGAAGCCUGAGACGUGCAAUACAAGGAUGGGGUACUAACGAUGGUCCACUUGCAUUUGUGUCAAUCAUUGAUGAUAGUGAUGAUGAGCUUGAUGAUGUCACAAAGGAUGAUGCGGAAGAUGAACACCUUGAUGCUCCUGUGAGGGAGUUUGACCCCAGACGAGAAGUCACGUAUGACGUUUUUGUCAAUGAACUAUGGACCAAGGUGAACAAGACCAAAGAGAGCUACCACCCAACAUUAGUGUGGACAGAGAUCAAGUCAUUCAUUAAGGGGUCCAUUGAGGCCUUACACAGUCACUCAGGAGUCCUCUCCCAGGGGGAUUACCUUGACCUUGGGAAGAAACGAGCUCCAAAUUUCACGGCUGAUCGCAGAGUUGUUUAUCAGAUGUUUGAGCGCUACCAACAUUUGAAGCAUCAACGAGGAUUGUUUGACGAAUCAGAUCUUGUGUUUAACAUCUACACGCGUCUCAAAGACAUGCUGGAGCUUGAUUGGUCGCUUCAUCAGAUAUAUGUGGAUGAGACCCAGGAUUUCACGCAGGCUGAGUUAUCGUUGUUCAUACGUUGCUCUCAAGAUCCAAAUGCACUCUUCUUAACUGGAGACACUGCGCAGAGUAUAAUGAGAGGGGUAGCAUUCAGGUUUGGAGACCUCAAGUCACUGUUCCACUAUGCACACAAGACGUUCAAAGCAGUAGGCAAGCAAUCUGCAAUUACUGUCCCUAAGAAGGUGCACCAGUUAGUCCACAACUACCGCUCACAUGCUGGUAUACUGAAUCUUGCCUCUAGUGUAGUAGACAUCAUGGUCAAGUUCUUCCCAGAGUCAUUUGAUAGGCUAGAGAGAGACCAGGGUUUAUUCCAAGGACCAAAGCCAGUCCUCUUAGACUCCUGUAGUUUCAGUGACUUGGCCUUGAUACUCCGAGGCAACAGGCGCAAAACAUCAGAAAUAGAGUUUGGGGCACAUCAGGUAAUUCUCGUGGCCAAUGAGGCAGCUAAAGCAGAGAUCCCUGAUGAGUUGAGUGUUGGACUGGUGCUUACUAUAUUUGAGUCCAAAGGGUUGGAGUUUGAUGAUGUGCUGCUGUACAACUUCUUCAAAGAUUCACCAGCCUGCAAAGAGUGGAGAGUCGUGACAAGUUAUCUGGAGGAGCUGAUUGAAGAACACAGGAAUUCCAGAGCUCUAGACAAAGAAACACUCAUAGAACUAGAUAUAGAUGAUGUCAAAGGGAACUCCAAUAGACCACGUCCACUUCAGUUCGACCCUGAUAAGCACAAAGUGCUGAAUUCUGAGCUUAAAUUCCUCUAUACGGCUCUUACAAGGGCUAGGGUGAAUAUAUGGAUCUUUGAUGAAGAUCUGGAUACAAGAGCUCCCAUGUUUGAAUAUUUCACACGAAGGAAGCUAGUUGAGAAAGUCACCGUGAAAGAUGAUGAGAGUGAAGAAGGACUGAAUGAGGCAAUAUUUGCUCAUACAUCUACUCAGGAAGAAUGGUUGAAGAGAGGGGACUACUACAUGUCACACAAACUUUAUGAAGUUGCAGCCAAAUGCUACAGAAAAGGAAAUAGUUCAGAAAAAGAAAUGCUUGCAAUGGCCCACCACAAGGCAAUACAAGCAGAGCAAUUACGUAACAACCCUAAGAAGAUGAGAGAAGAGUUUCUGUUGGCUGCUGAAAGUUUCUUGAAGUGUGAGCUGGCGCUAGAAGCUGCCAAAUGUCUGUACAAUGCCAAGGAAUUUCUUAUGGGAGCCCGUCUGUUUGAGAAGCUUCAGAAGUACAACAACGCUGCAGUCUUGUACCAAAAGGCGAAGUGUCCAGGAGAGGCGAGCAUGUGCUAUGAAAUGAUGCAUGACUACAAAAGGGCAAUUGAAUCAUUCGUCAGCCAGGAGCUCUAUGAUAAGGCAGCUGAUGUGGUGGAAAGAUACCAUAUGAAAAAACAAGAGUAUGUAUCCACUGGCAGGAGAGUUCCCCCUGAACUAUUGCAGAACCCUCCAGGAUCUCUUCAGAGCAUAGAGCAUCUCUGUUUCCAAUCUGCAAAAAUUCACUUUCACCGGAGAAAUGAUGUUGAAAUGAAAGGUGCUCUGUCAAAGUUGCCAUUUGAGACACAGAUUGAUUUCCUCAAGAAACAUGGCAAGGUCGACCUUGUGGCUGAACUUUAUGAGAAAGAAGGACAACUUCUGAAUGCUGCGAAAUACUUACGUGAUAUUGGCCAAUUGAAAAAGGCAAUUAGAUAUGCCCAAGGCCAAGCUAAUGAGGAUAAACAAUUCCGAGCUGAUUGCCUGCUGACCUACUGCAAGACAACCAUGGACUUGCACAAUGGACCAGUGAAAUUUGAGAAAUACAAAGCUGAGUCAAGUGAACGAGAGGAGUUGAUAGGAUAUCUAACUGAAGCAGUUCAUCUUUUCUCAACUUCUAAGGAUAUUAUGGGACUAGGUGAUGCAUAUCUGCUGCUCUACCUUGUGAAGCUAGAUGAAAAACUCUUGAAGCCAACAUUUGAAUGUUUUGGCCAAUGCAACAAUGUGGUUGGUCAGCUUGAAUUCCUUGUAGCAGUAGAACAGACAAAGGGCCUCCAUUCUGGAAACAUUUCAAUGUGUUACCCAGUCUUCAAGCAAUUGAUUACUCUACUGGUUGUCCUAGGCAAGGAUGAAAACUCAGAUUAUAGGACCCAAGCAGAAAAGGCAAUGAUUGUAACCUGUGAGGGAUUUCUAGGAAUAUCACAAGGCCAACGUAGAAGCAAACGCAAGAUCAAAAGAAAUCAAGGUAGCAGAGGCGAAGUAUUCUUGAAGCACCUGAUUACUCAAGAAAUGUCUAAACUAGGAGAAUCCUACAAAGAUGAGAUUGAUUUCUUACCAUGCAGGAAAGAAAUGAAAAGUUAUCUUCUCGAAAUGUUUAAGAGUUUGGUGAAAACAUUCCGGAGAAUUCUGUCUGCAGAGAUAGAAAAGCUGACACUGUGCCCUCAAUUCAAAAUCGGUAAAGAUUGCGAGGAUUUAAACAAAUGCAAAGGCAUUAAGCGGCAUUAUCAGAGAGAAGAUCUACAGCACCUUGUUGAUAGAACUGUGAAGCUGCUCACGCUUGAUGCUAUCAUCCAUGAGGCAACAACAAUGAAAUACCAUGAGCAAAAUGACUCCAGAAUAGGCAUUGUAAGCCAGCUAAAGAAGAUCAUUGCUAAACCGUUUGCUUCAUGUGAGGCCCUGUAUGAAAUCCUUUUCCCCAGUGGUGGCCAUUCUGUGAUGCUUAGCUCUAGUCCCAUUGCAGGAGUUCAAGUCCUGGCAGCAAUAAAGUUUGAGAUGGUUACAUCACAUCUUCAGAGAUGGGCAGAACAUAUAUGGUCCACCGAAGAAAACCGUCUGAGCAGUGCAGAUGCUUUCCUGAAAGUGUCCAACAUCCAUCGCUUGAUAGGGCUGUCAAACAAGAAGAUGGAUGAUAUGCUUUGCAAGGCUGCAGAUGAAUACAAGCGUAGUGUGAUGAAGAAAGCCCAUCCAGAGAAAAUUCCUAAAACUGUUGGCAUCAUAUGUGAAGAGAAGGAAGCUAGAGAAAUACGUCAUAUGUUACAGAAAAUGAAAGGGAAGAUUCCCCAGGCUGAGAGGUACAUGUUCUUGAGUGUCAUGUGCCGUUACCAUAACUACGUCCAAUGGCUUCACUUUACCUCAAAUCCAGUUAGUGCCAUGCUGCAGAUGAGCAAGUUCAUAAACACCCUAUCACGAAAAGCUACACUGCCUCUGAUACCAUCCAUUGCAAAUGCCAUAUUGUGCCUUGAACUGGAAACAACUCUCCUUUUCACAAUUCGUUGUGCCUUUGAUGCUCACGUUUGCAAAACCAGAACGUCUGUCCUACUGCCCUCAAGCUUUCUAAGUCAAAUGAACUGGCAGGACACUCUGGCUAAAUCACAGAAGUCUGGGAAAUCUACAUGCGAAGCUGUGUUGCAGGCAAUAAGAUCUCCAAAUGUCAUCAAUAAAGGCAGAAUUGAAACUGCAAUGAAGGAAUUUUGCCACUCAAUCAAAAUUCUCUGUGGUGUUACAGAAUUUGACAUCCUUCAAGAUGCGUUUGACCCAGAGUACCAUGUAUACAUUCCAUCUGGUGAAGCAGAGAGAUGCCUUGUUCUAGCCCUUGUUCUCCUUAGCAAUGUGAAUCUUGUUGUUCCCAUCGAACAGGAAGUUAAUCUCAUGUGUGCUUUGAAACAAAUCAAGCCCCAUCUCGGUCUGCCAAAACGUCUCAGAAAUGCAAUUAAAGCUGUACAUGAUGCAGAUGGGAUCAAAGAUGUUGUCUUUGCUCUUCAUAAUUUACUCUGGGAGAAAAAUGAGAAGCUACUCUUGUGCAACUGGGAACCAACAGAUGGAAUUUAUGCCAUGAAGGGAUCCCCAGCUAAGCCUGCAUCAUUUCCAAGCACCUUUUACAACCCUGGGCUGGAUUAUGAAAUGGUUAAUGAAAAUGGGUAUGACAUGGAUGAGGAAGAACCCGAAGAGUAUGAUGGAGGCAUGUCUCAUACGGAGCAACAAGUUGCUCAGGAAAAUUCAGAGAGGGUUGAACAAGAGAAUAGAGCAGCAAAAAUCAUUUUGAAGCAGUUACUCAAGUUUCGAUUGAUUGCCAAAUUGUACAAGAUCCAUUUGAUUAGAAAUAAAGUUGAGGAAAAGAAAGUUCAAGAUCAACAGCUGCAAGAGUUGGAGACAUAUGGAGUCGAUGAUUCAAUGUGCUCAAUAUGUGGAAUACAGUUUGUGCAACCAUUGAACCCUAAUCUUCCGGAAGCAGUUGGCUUAGCAGCUAGAUCUUAUAUGCUCCCAGUGCCAGUUGGUCAAACGUGGGUUACUGAAGAAGAAACAAAAGUCCAGGUUUUGGAAACAUCUCAUACAAAUACAGCUGAAGGAGCCCCUAAUAUGAAUGGUAUGACCAAGAAAAGUCACAUUGCAACAUUUGAGCAUAUCCAAGCGGCACUAUCUUAUAAGAUAUACACAAAGGUCUUCAAUGAAAGGAUCAUCCCAGCUUCUACUAGAUUUACAAAUUUGAAAAUAAUGGUUGGGAAGGUGAACAACCCCAAAAUGGUAAGACUUAAGGAGUUGGAUGUAGGGACAUUGGAAACUAAGUACGGGGCUCUUAUGGAUUUGUUUGGCCAAACAACCAAUGCAAGGCAGUGGACAAGGGUGAAGGAAUUGGAAGAUGGUGUUGGUGUUAUUGAGAGUGAACUGAGCAGGAUUGGGAAGAUCUAUCAAGAAGUUCUCCAGGAAAUGCACAAUCAAAAACAGGCUUCUCAGACUCCUGCCCAUGUGAUGUUUGAUGAACGGGAUGAGCGAUCACUUCCUCCAUCUGUACACGCCCAGGACCUUGAGGAAGAGUUAUCCCAUGCACCAUAUGUUGAGGAUGAAGCUGGUCAUUUGUUACAAGUCACAGAGAAAUUUAACAAACCCAAAGGUCGAGGCCGUGGUCGGGGUAAUCGAAAGUGACACUAUGAGAGGAUAUUAAGAACAAUAGAAAUAUUGAUUUGACCCACUGAGAAACAUCCAUAUUGGGUACAGUUGUAUAGAGUGGAUGUAAAGAGCAGAAAAAUUUCUCAUUGGACAUUUAAACUGCCACAUUUGUCAGUUAUGGGCUGUUCCAUCUGCCUUCCAUACCCAAUUGUGCCAUUGCUGGGAUAUUCACAAAUCAAUACCCUUGAUUAGGGAACGAGGAAAUUUUUUCUAAUGAAAUGUACAUUCCUGUUUAUGUCAUUUA